AUGGACCUGGGGUACUUCCCACUCGGGCUGUGCCGCGGGGCCCAGGUGCCCCCCUGCCCGCGGCGGGGGCCCGGCUCCUUCCCCCCGCCGGGCAUCGCGCCCGGCUCCGCGCCGCCUGCCUGCGCGGGGUGCACUGCGGUCCCGGGCCCCGGCUACGAGAGACCACGAGGACCUGGGACACCGGGCGAGGGCUGCGGGGACCCGCCGCGACCCGACGACCCCGGUGUCCGCCGCCCGACCCCUCCGGAGCUCGGCCGUCCCCGUCCCGGCUCCCCGGCUCCCGGGGCGGCCCCCCGCACCUUCGAGUGGAUGCGAGUGAAGCGGAGCCCGCCCGGGAGAAGCGGCGCGGCGCCUCCCGCCUGCCCCCUGCGCACCAGCUUCAGCACCCGGCAGCUCACGGAGCUGGAGAAGGAGUUUCACUUCAGCCGCUACCUGUCGCGGGCCCGCCGCCUCGAGGUGGCCCGCUCGCUGCGCCUCCGCGACGCCCAGGUGAAGGUCUGGUUCCAGAACCGCCGCAUGAAGCAGAAGAAGCGGGAGCGGGAGGCGCUGGCAGCCCCCCGGGCAGCCCCGGGGAGCCCCAGCUGA